CCCACUCCUGCUCCUUGCCACGGAAGUCUGAAAACACAUGUUCUUGUUUGAUUAAAAUUUACUAAUUUGAUGUUUUGCCGAUUUCCGACCUGAAUUUCCGAUAAACUCUGAUUUUGUUCAUUCAGUGUACCCGAUUUGAGUGUUAGCGGUGCCUUUUUCAGGUCUGUUUUGUGCAAACUCUUUAAGCACAUAGUUUUUUAUUUGGCAUGGACAGCGAUGAAGAUCCCCCGGGCGAAAUUCUCAAAACAAUCCUCACGUUUGACUCCGAAUGGGAUAACUUUGACACCGAAUCGUUGCCUUUGGAGCCAGGAGAUUCCGAGGACUCUUUGCUGGACCACAUGAAUGUGUCCAGCUUGCUGAUUUCUUGCCUCAUCCAGCUGCUCUGCUCGUCCCUCGAGAAGAACGCCAACAAAGCUCAAAGAUUAUAUGACAUUAUUCUGAAUGAGCUCCAGAGACUGCAGCUGGUUCAUGGCGCUGUUUCGUCUGAGAAAUUCAGGGGUUUGCAAAAUCACUACAAAGACGACCUGGUCAAACUGGUCACCACAGCUCACAACAUUGUCAACCAACAAACUGCGGCUCUAGUCCCAAAGUCAAGCUCACACAGUGGAGAAGACGUCACUGAUAUUGGCCAAACGUCGUGUUUGCCAAGAUCUCGGUACCACAACGAAUUUGAAAUUUUGGGCUACAUCAACAAAGGUGGGUUCGGAGAAGUCUUCAAGGUGAGGAACAAGCUGGACAACCAACAAUACGCCAUUAAGAAGAUUUUAAUUAAAUCUCGAGAAAUGCUCCACAAAGACAUUCAGAAAGAGGUCACCGUCCUUGCCAGCCUUCACCACCCGAACAUCGUCAAGUACCACGGUGCAUGGAUGGAGCCUGUGGUUCCUGAACUGAAAACUAAAGUCAUAAUUACCGAGCAUUUUGAAUCAUUCAAAGAAAAUCAUUAUGAGAUGAGUCUCCAGAAUAAUUUAAACUUGCCCAUCAAUAUUAAAAAUCGAGAAGCGAGCAGUGGAUCUAGUUUUAUCCAAUUCCGAUCAGACUCGCAGUUACCAGAUACCCCAUCCACAUUGGAAGGGAACAACGAACUUGUGCCUGUGUCGACUGCGGAGAACCACAAUAAUUCAGUUGAUAGAAGUAGUUCAAGCAGCGGCGACUCAAAAAAGGCUCUUCUCCCAGUCAAUGAAAUUCCUAUGGAGAGGUCAAUUUUGUACAUUCAAAUGGAGCUGUGUGGUGAGACGCUGCGUCAGUGGAUGGACCACCGACAGGACCACAUUCACUCAGGAUCUCUGCUCGGCUCUCUGCUUUUGAGGGAGAGCAUUAGUAUUUUCUGGCAGCUCACAGCAGCCCUUGAAUACCUCCAUCGCAAUAAUAUCAUUCACCAUGACAUCAAGCCAGGAAACAUUUUUGUGACUGGAGAUUCUGGAAUUAAACUCGGUGAUUUUGGACUCGCAUGCCAAUACGAGACAAGCAAAGACAUUCCUCACCGUGCCAUUGGCACAUACACGUAUGCAGCUCCUGAGCAACUAGACGGAGGUCUUUGCAAUUUUAAGAGUGAUAUCUACAGUUCUGGAGUAAUACUUUUGGAACUUUUAAUGCCGCCUUUCAAAACGUCUUCAGAAAGAGCUGAAGUGUUGACGAGCUUGAGAAAUAAGGGCGCAAUCCCAGAAAUAAUAAGUAAAAAACUACCCCAAUGGGAAAAGAUCAUCAAAAUUGUAACAAGACGGAAUCCUAAAAAGAGGCCAAUUGCUAGCAAUUUAAAAACAGCGGUUAUGAAACUUAUCAGCGAGGCGUCCAUAGAUGAGAGAUCUAAUUCACCAAAGCGCCUCGGGGAAAUUUGCCAUGAAAAACUGCCUAAAGAGUUGUGUGACAUGGACAUGAGAGUUGAAGAGGUGCCAAAUAUGCAGACCUUUAUAUCAUCUCGGAGUUGCUCAAAACAGACAAGUUCCACGACCACGAUCGAGCGAAACUUUAAAACGCUAAGGAUAUGCGGAAACAGGGAAUCAAAGAGUGAGGAACUGCACAGCACCACUAUGGUGGGAAAAAUUAACUCUUCAGGUGAUCUCCAAGCUGAGGACACAUUAGAUGAAUAUUCAAGACUGAUGAGAGAAAAUGAGUCCUUAAAAAGCACAAUUUUUUUUCUCGAGCAAGAAAUUAAAUAUCUCAAAGCUCAGAUUCACCUCCAAGGUGUGCAACUAAAACUGUGACGACUAAAUUAUCCUCAUUGAUGAAAAUUACAUAGCGAGAAACGAAUAACGCAAAAUGUUUCAUUUUGUAGUAUUAUUCUGUUUAAAAAAAAAUCAUUUUUAUUCGACAACAAUAAAUUUGCAAGCCUUUUGCUUUAAAUUAUUUAAAAUUUAUUGCA